CUCCGCCGGAGGGCUGGAAAGAAGUGAUCAAAACGCAGCCGCUCGACCUCAUCAAGGAGGUUAUGGAGUCGAAGCGCAAAAUGUUCAGGGCUGAGCAUGCAAAAUUAUGGCUCUUCUUGGUGAUUCUGAGUCUGAUUCUGUUCCCUUACUUUUGUUUCUCAUUCUUUCGAGCAGUUUUUUUAUCUCCAUCCAUCUCGUUUCUCUUGUCUUCUUCGUUCGUAUUCUCAGAAUAGCUUCAGGACCAGGCUGACUGCAAGAGUCCACCGGUAUUGAAAUCUUUCUAAUGAACCGCAUCAGAGAACGCCUAGACGCGACCUACGAUCCUGAUGCCACUGAGCGCGCGGAACACGUGCGCAAAAACGAUGGCAGCGCAUCCCUCGAUUACGUUCCGCGGAACCUCUUCCACAUCCUCAUUGUGGACGAAUGGGCGAACGUUGAAGUCAAAAAGCCGACAAAGAAACAAAGAGGCAACAAGAAAGAAAAGGCAGACGACGAAGAGAAGGACGAGCCAGGUAGUGAACAUCUAAAAAGCAUCGUCUACGGAUUUUAUUUUGUUUCUGUAAUGGGGCAGCUGCUUCGUUCGUUUCAUUUAUGACCUCCCUCGUUGAACUUGAAGCUUCAAUUUGUUUUUGUUAUUGUUUGUGUUUCAUCAGCAUGCUUAUGCUCUAUAUCCGAUAUCGGUCCACUUAUUUUGUGCUACACUCUAACACACACACGCGCUCAGGUUUGCGCAAGAUGGUGCAGGGCCAUGUCUGUGUGGAAGACUCAGAAGAGUGGAACACUCUGACAGUUGACGCGUUAGUGGAUAGCUUUUUCGUCGGGAAUGUCCGCCCCGCUUUCGUGGAGGUCAGCGUUCCAGGGUGUGGCGAUGAAGUUUAAGGAAGCGUCCCACUGAAUUCGGCCUCGUGCUAUUUUGAUAUCAUCACAGCAUCUCGCGCUGCUUAUCUGUCAAUUAAUUUCGUAUUACUUUUCGUUUUCUUUCGUGCCUCUAAUCGCUGUUUUUGACGCAACAGUGCACCGUUCCGCCGGGAUUCUACAUCCGCAACGGCAUGGUCGCCGUUGAGCGCGCAGAACGCCAGCUGCAUAAGUUCAUGGUUGAGGAGGAAGGAAUCGUGAGUAGUGCGCUUGCCCUCCCGAAAGCGAGGACCCAGUGGGACUCGGAAGAGCCAACGUUAAAUUAAGGCUUGGGAGUUGGCGUCUCUUUGUGCAUCUUAUCUCGGUGGCUUCUUCAAGUAGGAGAGCCAUAUCAAUGCCAAUGGCCUAAGACAUGCGAGGCCAACUCUCAACCUCUAACCGAAACAAUUCACCCAAGGAUGUGUUUUGCCGGUCCUCGACUACAGCAGCCACUACGCUGACUUCGUCAAUUCAGGCGCGAGCUUUGUCUUUGUGGCAAACGUUUCGGCUGCGUAUCCUGCUGAUACCGUUGUCGAAAUGCGUCCGGUUGAUCUGGCUGGAGGAAUUGGCAGCUCUGUUAUGGCUUUUGUGAUUUCUUUCUCCUGCGUAUUUCGUAGACAUUAGGCUUCUGCUGGGGUAUAGCGUUACUUUUGCACCACCAUCCCCCCUCGCUCCAAUUUUUACGCAGUGAAGUUCUUCAGGAAAGACGCCGGGGGCGGCUUGACGUUCGUGGACCCCCGCCAGGUGGUUCAAACAACCCCAGAAGAUUUUUUAAAUCUUUUCUGGCGUUCCGGUGUCUGUCAGGACACGAGUGAGAACAUCAUCUGGAAUCCGGUUAUCGACAGUAAAAAGGCGAAAGCGAAAGCCUUAAAGCUCUACGAGAUGCGCUACGAUCCUACUACGGCGCGCCAUAUUAGCCAUAAUUAGUAGGCGCAUGCGUAUCGUAAUCGAAAUCGUUUCACUUUUCGUUAUCGUAGUCGUUGCUUCUUAAGGUUAAGCUUAGCCUUAAGGUUAAGCUUAAGCUUAAGCUUUAGAGAUAAUGAAAAGUGUCAAGCCGGGGCUACCGCUGGCGCCUUUCCUGAUUCUUGGAUUUGUCGUUCUUUCUGCCUAUCUUUCUUCCCCUUCCCCUCUAAUCUACACCAGCUUAUCAAAAUGGAGCGAGACCUCAAGAAUUCGCGCGUGGGAGCGUCUGCUGUGGAUGCAGCGGCGCCGGCACCGAACAGCCUCAAGAAAUCGCAUUUGGCAGCAUCUGUGCACGGCGCGCACAUGAAUCCAACGGCGCCGGCACCGGACAGCAAAACGCGAAAAGCGGUCGACGAGGUAACGGCUGAGGCAGUCAGAACAGGCGAGUACAAUGAUUCGAGCUUCAUGAACGAACUGGUCGACCCCAACAACGAAAACCCUCUGGGCGAGAGCUGGAUGGAUAUCUCGAUGCUGUCUGCGAUAAACAACUCGCUGCCGGGGUCUGCGAUCAAGCUGCGAGCCGGCAAAGAUGCAAAAGGAAAGGGAAAAGAGUGGCUGCUUUCUUAAGAGUUGCAAAGUGUCUCCCUUCUUUCUAUUUCGUAGCAUUUUCUAUUUUGUUCUGUUUUCUAUUUCGUUACCUUUUCUAUUUCGUUCCACUCUCAAGAUUUGGGAGCGCUUCUGCCUUAAGGGUUGCAAACAAGUGCCACCUUUCUGCUUCUUUCUAUUUCGUUACAUUUUAUAAGUCGCUACAUUUUGUUUUCUAUUUCGUUACACUCUCACGGGACCGUGUGCGGUUGGGUUCAUAUGAAGAAGCUCACACUUGAG